GCACAGCUACACCUCUGCUCCACAGUGAGACUCCACAUCUGAGAUCUCCAUAGGGACUGGACAACAUGAAGCUACUCACCAAAACUCUCUUUUUGUGCUUAGCUAUUUGGCUUACUAAUGGCGCUCCUGCGCCAGAUGCAACAGUAGAAGAUGCAGCUGUGCCAGACAGGUGUGCAGGGAUCGAGUUUGAUGCUAUCACUCCUGACGAGAAAGGAACACAUUUCUUCUUCAAAGGUUCCUACCUGUGGAAUGGCUUCCGUGGUGACGCUCAGCGCUCCAACUUGAUCUUCACGGAGCUGGAUGACAUCCACAGCAUAGGCCAUGUUGACGCCGCCUUCCGUAUGCACAACAAAGAGAACCCAGAUGACCAUGAUCACAUCUAUUUCUUCCAGAAUGACAAGGUGUUCAGCUACUAUGCCCAAACUCUGGAGAAUGGGUAUCCAAAAUCAAUCCAGGAGGACUUCCCAGGAAUCCCUACUCACCUGGAUGCUGCUGUGGAGUGUCCCAAAGGAGAGUGCCCGGCUGACUCAGUUCUGUUCUUUAAGGGAGAUGAUAUAUACGUUUAUGAUAUUACCACAAAGACAGUGAAGACAAAGACAUGGCCCCACCUGCCUGCCUGUACUUCUGCAAUACGCUGGCUGGAGCACUACUACUGUUUCCAUGGACAUAACUUCACCAGGUUCAACCCAGUGUCAGGGGAGGUGAGCGCUUCCUACCCGAAGGAUGCACGCCAUUACUUCAUGUCAUGCCCCAACUUUGGCCACGGGGGCGGUUAUACACCUCCUAAAUGCAGUGAAUCCAAAAUUGAUGCCAUCACCACUGAUGAUGCAGGCAAAACAUACAUCUUUGCAGGUCCUAUCUACUUGCGUCUGGACACCCAACGUGACGGCGUUCAUGCCUUCCCAAUCACAAGGACGUGGCAUGAGGUGACUGGAGGGGUGGAUGCUGUCUUCUCCUACACUGACAAAAUCUACAUGAUUAAGGGCGAUCAGGUUUACAUCUUUAAAGAAAGUGCUCCAUACACGCUGAUUGAGGGCUACCCUAAAACCCUGAAGGAAGAGCUUGGCAUUGAGGGACACGUGGAUGCUGCUUUUGGCUGUCCCAGUGAACACACAGUUCACAUACUCCAAGGACAGAGGAUGCGUGACGUUGACCUAAGUGCAACACCAAGGGUUGUGACCCAAGAUCAGCUUUUGACCUUGCACGAUGUUGAUGGUGGUCAUUGUGGAGCAGAGGGAAUUAGGUUGUUCAAGGGCCCACAUUAUUACCAGUAUGAGAAUGCACAGGCACUGGUUGAUAGCACAGUUGCCGCUGAGCCUCAAAAGAUCACAUCAGCAAUGUUGGGAUGUCGGGAUUAGCAGUCUUUAUCAGUGUUCCGCACAAACAAUACAGAGUAAUUUGGAUUUGUGGGCCAACACAGUGCAAUACAGUUUUGUCAUAAAAUACGUGGUCUAUUGUCAUACAAACACAAUGUUUACUCAAAAUAUGACUUUUUGUUUGCUGAAUAAAAAAUGGGAAAUAAAA